AAAAUUGGCUUCUAUGUCUAGUAGUCAAAAACUUCAAAACUCUAAUUAAAGAAAAAUGUCAAUAAUAGAUCUAUAUUUCCCUUAGAGCCAAGAACUAGAAAAGUGACAGGCAAACAUUACAAGGAACUAUUUUGAAAGAUCACAAUAGUGCUUUUUUUAAAAAUAAAAGUACAGUUUAUGUAAUUGACUUUACUAAGACAUUUGUUUAAUAUCAACAUAAAACUAAUGGCAUAUAUAUGAAGCUGCAAGCGCUUAGAUGAUAGUUUGACUUAAUUUGUUUCAAAUGUAUGAGAAAAAAUGUUCAUUCCUAAAUCUAUUUCUUACAUAGGUUUUUCUAAGUUUCAUUAAUGACAAAAGAUGCUCACAAAUCUAUAUAUAUAUGAAUAUGAAGAAGCAAACAUUGCAAAACUUGAAUAUGAGAAAUAAUUGUUUUGGACCAGUGGUUCCCAAACUUUUUUGUCUUGUAGACCCUUGCCAUGUUUUCUGUUUUUUGCUAUAUAUAAAUUGCAUUUUUGCAAAUUCAUCAACUCCAUUUUUUUAAACAAAUUUCUAACUGUAGUGAGUUGAAGAGUGAAAAAGUAAUUUAAAACUACAUUAUAAAUUAUAAGUUAUAGAGAUCUAUCUUUUUUUAAUUGAUAAAAUUCAAAUUUAAACCAAUUAAUACAGGAAAUGUUUUUUUUUUGCUGGUUCAUCAUUUGUUAUUACAGAUAUUAUGUAUAUAGGAAUUUGUUGUUCUAUGAAGUAGUCCUUCAAACAUUAAAUAUUAAUUAAUUAAUUAAUUUGGCUUAAGUAUCAUUGUAAAAGUUUUCAUAAAGAGCAGUUUCUCAUGUAUUUCUUGAUUUUUCACAUCUGGCUCAAAUAUUGGGACGUGAAACUGUUUUCACAAACAGAAGGGGUGAAGGCCAAUAACUGGCGCUUAAACCAGUAAGCUUCGGGCAGGAGGGACUCAUUAGCCUUGGCUUGCAACCCUCCUAGCAGAAGGAAAACAUAUUUCAAACCUCUUCUGUCUUGCAGCUAUACCAAAAACAUGGGAAAUGUUUUGUGCAUCAACCCUGAGGAAAACUAUAGUGCUGGCAACCCUUAGGCAGUUUGCAGCACAAAGUGCUAGGCCCUUUCAGAGCCUGUGAUGUCGCUGAUCCCAAAAUUGUAUAUGUCGCUUGCAAAGAAUUACAUAAGAAGCUUUUAUUGUUAUAACUCAUACUACCGAUGUACCCUUGAAAUUUGUUUAAUAAUAUCAGAUGUAGGUUUGUGUAAAAAAAAAUUUAAAGUUCUUCAACAGCUGUUAAAAUCAUUGUUUAUCUAUAUGUUUUCUGUAUUUGGCUGUCAUUAAAAUAUGACAGCCAGUCAUUAAAAAGGUCUUUUAAGAAGAGAGAUUUUGUGAGUCUAUUCUGAACUUUAUCUUUGAGAUUUUGAAAGUUUUGUAAAUCUUAACUUUUAUCAAGGUGGCAUCGUCUCAAAUGAUCCCCCAAGAAAAUAAAUCAUAUUAUAAAAAGAGUCAACCUUUUGAACAAGACUGUUUAGUUAUGGAGAAAUGUCAGCAUGUGGAUACUUUUGUACUUACCAAAGAAAUCUCCAUAUUGGAUCCAUCCUGUUGGCUGUGUUCUGUCUGUGGAACAACUGAAUGGGUUUGGGCCUGUUUAAGUUGUUCUAAUAUUGCGUGUGGUAGAAUGAAUGAGCAACAUGCUGUCCAGCACUUUGAAGCUACUAAGCAUCCCUUGGCAAUUGAAAUAAAUGAAAAAUAUGUUUAUUGCUAUGUUUGUGAUGAAUAUAUUUUUGGUGAUAAUGAACAAGGAGAUAUUCAAGCCUUACGUUCUGCGCUCACUGAUAUUGGAACAAUGUCAGGUCAAGAGGUGGAGGAGAAAGAAAAAGGAUUAUUGGGAUCAUUUUCUAAGCAGCAAGCUCUUUCCAGGAGACAUGCAGAUGAAGAUGACAUGUUGGUUACAGCCAUGUGUCAUUACAGAAAAUCUUUGCUAGCUAAAGUGUUCUCAUCAUGGUAUUCCUAUCUACAAGCAGAAAAAAUUGACAAGCAAGCUUCAUCCAGCUCUAAUUUGGCAGAUCAACCUUCAAUGCUUACAAGGUCUAGAGCUAGUCUUUUUCAUAUGAAAAGAAGAACCCUAAUACCAGGAGUAACUGGACUUCGUAAUUUAGGCAAUACUUGUUACAUUAACUCCAUUGUACAGUCACUGGGACACCUUGAUGACUUUCGAGAAUACUUCUGUCAGCUGGUAUUUGGUCUGUUUUCGCCUAUUGGUACUCCUCUCCCUGGCGCCUCACCUGUUACACACAAACAUUUUCAAAGACUCAACACCAUAGAUUUCUUUCAGCAUUUGAAUUAUGAGACAUCUUCAGUGAUGACUGUGUCCACUCCAGAAUCAAUGAAACAUACAGGGGGUUUGAAUGGGGGAGGAAGUGAAUCCGUUGAUGUUUUGAAUGGCUCUGAAUUUGAUAUUAAAGUAAAAACUGAGACUAUGAAUGCAUUGUCAUUAUGUCAGGAACUACAUGGUCUACUGCGUGUACUAUGGUCAGGAAAAUGGGCCCAAGUCAGUCCUCAUGGAUUUCUACAUGCUAUUUGGAAAUAUAUUCCAGCCUUUAAAGGUCACUUGCAACACGAUGCUCAGGAGUUUCUAUGUGAAUUAUUAGAUAAGGUAUCACAAGAAAUAGAACAACUGCCUCAGUGUACAAGUACAGAAAAUAUUGUGGAUCAAAGUUUUAGAGGAGAAAUAAUCAGCCAGGUCACUUGCAUGUCCUGCAAUAACAUAUCAGCUAGACAUGAAGCAUUUUUAGACUUAUCUCUAGAGUUCCCCAGAAGUUUCCAAUACACCAGUGGACAAAUCAAACGGAAUAUGUGUCACCUCACAGAAAUGUUGUCAACAUUUACUGAUGUAGAAGAUCUGGAACCAAAAUCAUAUAAUUGUGAACACUGUAAUAGCUCAAGUCAACAAAAAGACAUAAGAACAGAUGCCAAAAAACAACUGCUCAUCAGUAAACCACCAGUUAUUCUCAGGUUACAUUUGAAAAGAUUUAGAUGGUGUGGUCGCAAUAACAGAGAAAAAAUCAACACUCAUGUUGCAUUUGAUGAAGAACUUGAUAUCUCUCCCUUUUGUCUCACUGUGCCUACAUUUGGAAAGUACAAAUUAAAUGCAGUAGUAGUGCACCAUGGAGUGGGCUUUAGGGCAGGACAUUACACAGCCUAUACAUACAACACUUGUGCAGGCACAUGGUUACACUGUAAUGAUGCUCGUGUUCAAUUAGUCUCCAUGGAAGAUGUUCUAACUUCUCAGGCCUAUAUUUUAUUUUAUACAAGAGAACUUGCCACUAUUCAUUUAGAUGACAUGCCAGCAUUGGUGGAGAAAUAUACUGAACCAGAUAAGUCUUCAUUGUCUACUUUACCAGACCUGGACCAGGACACCAUGCACACUCUCAGGCAGCUUGCCCCUGGACACACACAGCAUGUUAUUGAUGAAGAAGUCACUUUAAGUUUCCACAGAGACCCAGUACUGGUCAAACAUUUAUCUUCAAGGUCAAACAGUAGCUGCAAAAGAACACUGUUGCCAGAAAUAGCAGCAGAGGAACCUCCAGAAAAAAAAAUGGAUGACACAAUCUUAUUCAAGGCUAACAUACAAGCAAAGGCAGACAAAUAAUGCUUCACUUUUGUAUAGGAUUUUUAAAAAUUGUUCCAAUUUGUUUGCUUUGUAAGGUUAAUUUGAAUAAUUCAAUGUAUCUCCAGUGAAGAUUCUAGUUUGUUCUGAACAGAAACCUAAUAACUUACUUGUUGUAUUUGAACAAAACAACAACAUUGAUUUGAAUAGAUUCCUAACUACAGUUAUUGAUGCAGACGUUCUGAGGGUUAGAAUCUUUAGUUGUUCAUUUUUCUUUAGUCAGUACAUGAUAUAUGAAUAAGUUAUAGUCUCAAAAUGAGUUAAUCUAAGACAAUAUAAUGUGUCAUGAGUGCACACCUACCUCAAGUACACAAAGUGUACAAUGUUUCUACAUUAUUGCCAGUAUUUUUUUGUUUGUUACUUGAUGUUUGCAAACAAUGUGUAUAUUUGUUCUACAAACCUACCAUUUAGUUGACAUGUUGAAUUUAACUUGUUAGCUUUAAUACAAACCUACCAUUUAGUUGACAUGUUGAAUUUAACUUGUUAGCUUUAAUACAAACCUACCAUUUAGUUGACAUGUUGAAUUUAACUUGUUAGCUUUAAUACAAACCUACCAUUUAGUUGACAUGUUGAAUUUAACUUGUUAGCUUUAAUACAAACCUACCAUUUAGUUGACAUUUUGAAUUUAACUUGUUAGCUUUAAUACAAACCUACCAUUUAGUUGACAUUUUGAAUUUAACUUGUUAGCUUUAAUACAAACCUACCAUUUAGUUGACAUGUUCAAACUAACUUGUGUGACUUUGACUUUUCUACUUGUACUAGAAUGUAACUAGAUGGAAAUAGAACUUUGUGUUGGUUUGAACACAACUUACUGGCACUUAUUUGCACUAGGGAAGACAAGUAUUUAGUUACACAAACCAACUAAUACUUUCUUCAUCAAAGAUGUGACAAUUGGUUGCUCCAGUUUCAGCAAGACAACCACACACAUAGUAAAGAUACAGAGCUAUUGUUAAAGAUAAAUACACAGAUAGGUGAGAUAGUGUAUAGAAUAAAGUACAGUAAUGUGAGAUAGUGUAUAGAAUAAAGUACAGAUAAGUAAGACAAUGUUUAGAAGUAAAGAUAUGUGAGAUACAAGGAAAGUUAAAGUGGGUUUGCUGGCUAUAAAAAUUCUGAAGGGUCAAUGUUUUGUAUUUAGUUGAUGAUCUCAUUUUGUUGAGUGCUAUUGCACAUAUUCAAUAUGUUCUUGUUGUGACAUUAUUUACACUGUUAUAUACAAAGAAAAAAUAGAUUUCUAAAUGAAUGAAACAAAUAUUUUUUUCAUCUAAGCUACAGUGUGAAGAAAGUAGGCUUUAAUGCACAAACUAUGCAUACAGCAUACUAUGAAACAAUACACUUAGGACAAAUGAUUCUAUGCAAUUGAUCAUAUAUAUAUAUGCAGGGGUUGUUUUUUUUUUGUAAAAAAAAAUAGGGGCCGGUACUCAGCGAUGGAUUGUAAAGUAAUAAUUUUUUUCCCACAUUGAAAAAGGUGCUGGUACGCCAUACCAGUGCGUACCGCUACAAAAAAAGCCCUGUAUAUAUAUAUGAAGUAACCAUCAUUGUCCUUUAACCCAUUUUGACUAUUGCCACUAUGAAACAGGAUUUAUCUGUGUCAGGUCAGAAUAUUCAAAAUAUUGGAUUUGUGAAUGACGGGUCCUUUCACUAGCUUUCAUGCUGAUCAAACUUUAUUAUUUUGAAUGAACUCAUUUUGCUGUCAGUAGCAGUUUUUAUUGUCAAUUAAUUGUUAAGUGAUAGUUGAGUUUCCAUUUCAUGCUAUGAAUCUCUAUGAGAACUAUGGCACCUUCAAAACUUGAAGGAGUCAAGUAAAAAAAAAAUGUUAAGUAUGACCACUUCAGUAUGAAUGAAAAAUCUUGAUAUUUUAUGACUAAGAAAUAUUCACAUUUUGGAUGCAUAAAUAAAUAUUUGAGUCAAAAUUGCUUCACUUGUACAAUAUUAUGACUACAUUCCUCAACUACUUAGCAUUGUACAUUACUUUAAGUACCGGUACAUGUAAAAUAAAAUAAAAUUAAAUAAUAGCACUGACAGUACCCCAUCAAUACGUUUUGUCACAUUGU